AUGUCCUCGUUAUCGAGGUCUCGACUGGACAUUAUAAUACUCUACAACAAGCCACGCAAGCUGGCAGCAAGUAGCUGCUACACCACUGUCAAGGAUCUUCGUCGUGGUCAUGAUGCCACCAAGCUUCUUACAUGUACUACGUAG